GAGAUGAUCGUUCUGUAGCCCGAUAACCCCACCUUCGAAAACCUUGAGUUGUACGUUAAGCUAUAACUGGGGACUGGGAACUCAAGAAGAGAAACAGGUUACAGGAGAGAUCUGCACUCCACUUCACUCUUAUAAACAUAAAGGAAAAUAGUUUGGAGAUCUGCGAAUUCUCCACUAAUCAUACACGCAACUAUUUGUUUUAUCGACGCCUUCUCAGUUGAUUGCAAACAGAUCUCUGUACAAUGGCGCAGCCGCUUGUGAAGAAAGACGAUGAUCGCGAUGAAGAAGCGGAUUACUCUCCAUUUUUGGGGAUUGAGAAGGGUGCAGUAUUACAGGAAGCUAGGGUUUUUCAUGACCCUCAGCUGGAUGCAAGGAGAUGUUCACAGGUCAUCACAAAGCUUCUGUAUCUUCUGAAUCAGGGUGAAACAUUGACAAAGAUUGAAGCUACAGAAGUAUUCUUUGCUGUUACGAAGCUGUUUCAGUCCAAAGAUAUUGGUUUGAGAAGGAUGGUGUAUCUCAUGAUAAAGGAGCUUUCUCCCUCUGCAGAUGAGGUUAUCAUUGUCACAAGCUCCCUUAUGAAGGACAUGAAUAGCCGCACUGACCUGUUUCGAGCAAAUGCUAUUCGUGUUCUUUGCCGGAUUACUGAUGGGACACUUUUGGCCCAAAUUGAGAGGUACCUGAAGCAGGCUAUUGUGGACAAAAAUCCUGUGGUCGCAAGUGCUGCACUUGUGAGUGGUAUCCAUCUUCUACAGACAAAUCCAGAGAUAGUCAAAAGAUGGAGCAAUGAAGUACAAGAAGCUGUUCAGUCUCGCGCUGCACUUGUACAGUUCCAUGCACUUGCUCUGCUGCACCAGAUACGGCAAAACGACCGUUUAGCUGUCAACAAGUUGGUUGCCAGCUUGACUAAGGGGACUGUUCGUUCUCCUUUAGCUCAAUGCCUUUUGAUUCGCUACAUUAGUCAGGUUAUCAAAGAAUCAAGUUUUAAUAGCCAAGCUGGAGAACGGCCGUUCUACGACUAUCUCGAGGGUUGUCUGCGUCACAAAGCUGAAGUGGUUAUCUUUGAAGCAGCUCGCGCGAUCACAGAGUUGAGCAAUGUGACUACCAGAGAGCUGACUCCUGCCAUAACUGUUUUACAGCUUUUCUUAAGUUCUUCCAAGCCAGUGCUAAGAUUUGCUGCUCUCCGGACUUUGAAUAAGGUGGCAAUGACACAUCCCAUGGCUGUAACCAAUUGUAAUAUAGACAUGGAGAGCUUGAUUUCAGAUCAGAAUAGAAGUAUAGCAACUCUUGCCAUUACUACUCUGCUGAAAACAGGAAAUGAAUCUAGUGUUGAUCGCUUGAUGAAACAGAUCACUAAUUUUAUGUCUGAUAUUGCUGAUGAAUUCAAGAUUGUUGUGGUGGAAGCAAUAAGAUCAUUGUGUUUGAAGUUCCCCCUCAAGUACAGAUCUCUGAUGAAUUUCUUAAGCAAUAUCUUGAGAGAAGAGGGUGGAUUUGAGUAUAAAAAGGCAAUUGUUGAUUCAAUUGUGAUCUUAAUUAGAGAUAUUCCAGAUGCCAAAGAAAGUGGAUUGCUGCACUUGUGUGAAUUCAUUGAGGAUUGUGAAUUCACUUAUCUUUCCACCCAGAUACUUCACUUUCUUGGAAACGAGGGACCCAAGACCUCAGAUCCCAGUAAAUAUAUCCGAUAUAUCUACAAUCGGGUGAUACUUGAGAAUGCCACUGUUCGAGCCAGUGCUGUCAGUACACUAGCAAAGUUUGGUGCCAUGGUUGACUCAUUGAAACCCCGCAUAUUUGUUUUAUUAAGGCGUUGCGUAUUUGAUAAUGAUGAUGAGGUUCGAGACAGAGCCACACUAUACUUGAAUACCCUCGGAGAUGGUUCAGUUGCUGAAACUGAGAAAGAUGUUAAGGAAUUUUUGUUUGGUUCGCUUGAUAUUCCACUGACAAAUAUGGAAACUAGUCUGAAAAACUAUAUACAGGAUCCUACAGAAGAGCCUUUCGAUAUUAAUUCUGUACCCAAAGAGGUAAAGUCUCAGUCUCUAGCAGAGAAGAAAGCCCCGGGUAAAAAGCCAGCUGCUUCAAGUACACCAGCUGCUGCACCCACCUCUGCAGCUGAUGCUUAUGAAAGACUUCUAUCCUCUAUCCCUGAAUUUGCUAGUUUUGGGAAGCUUUUCAAGUCAUCAAUCCCGGUGGAGCUUACGGAAGCAGAAACUGAAUAUUCAGUCAAUGUUGUCAAGCACAUAUAUGACAGCCACGUGGUCUUCCAGUAUAAUUGUACCAACACAAUACCAGAACAGCUACUUGAAAAUGUGACUGUUAUUGUGGAUGCUUCUGAUGCCGAGGAGUUCUCUGAAGUAGGGACCAAACCGUUAAGAUCUCUCCCUUAUGAUACGCCAGGACAAACAUUUGUGGCCUUUGAGAAACCCGAAGGUGUCCCGGCAGUUGGGAAAUUCUCAAAUGUAUUGAGGUUUACCGUAAAAGAGGUUGAUCCCACUACUGGUGAGGCUGAAGAUGAUGGUGUGGAAGAUGAAUACCAGCUUGAGGAUUUCGAAGUUGUUGCUGCGGAUUAUAUUCUUAAAGUUGGGGUCUCUAACUUUAAGAAUGCAUGGGAAAGCUUGGGCCCUGAUGGUGAGCGCAUAGAUGAAUAUGGUCUUGGGCCUAGAGAAAGCCUGGCAGAAGCUGUCAGUACUGUUAUCAAUCUUCUUGGCAUGCAACCUUGUGAGGGUACCGAGGUGGUCCCAAGCAACUCAAGAUCACAUACAUGUUUAUUAUCGGGCAUAUACAUAGGAAACGUGAAGGUGCUUGUUCGGUUGUCAUUCGGAAUUGAUGGGGCGAAAGAGGUGGCAAUGAAGUUGGCGGUGAGAUCUGAGAAUGAGAAUGUUAGUGAAGCAAUUCAUGAAAUAGUUGCUAGUGGGUAGGUUCUCUAUUCCCCCCCCCCCCCCCCCCCCCCCCCUCGU